AUGCACACAUGGAUUCUUACUCUCCUAAUGUGCACGUGUAGCAACCGUCACCAUUAUCUGCACAACAGUAACCAUUACUUGAAGGGCGGCGCCUUGUGCCGUUUGGCAGCUAAGGCCGGCACUGCAGAGCGCAUUCUAUUCAGUGAUGUGUCAGACUGUCCUGAGAACUGUACAUCAUGUACAGACCCGUAUAUCUGUGAAGUCUGUGACCACGGGUACACCCUUACCAAUAGAGGACGGUGUGUCGACCUUUGCAUUGAAGGAGACUCGGAGACAAAUUGUGCUGUUGGUCACUGCACUGUGUUUGAUGACACUCUAUGCUCAAAGUGCGCACACGAGGGAGACGUGCCGGCAGCCGGGGUAUGUAACACCGGGGUUACAACGUGCGUUAAAGACAGUCACGGAAUCUGCAUAUCUUGCGAAUCAGGACACCUACUUUAUCGAGGAGGCUGUUACCCUAGCAAGAGUGCUUUAGCCCAGUCUAUAUGUGCUACCGAUAACCAGAUAGUUGUCGAAGGCAUGCUUUACUGUAGCCUAUGCAAUGACGAGAACGAGGCCCCAAUCAAUGGACAUUGCACUGACGAGCAUUCCUCGUACUGUGAUGCAGAGAGUGGCCAAUGCAUCAACUGUGUUGCCGAUGGAUACUUUUUGUUCAAUGGUGGCUGCUACAACGCCAACGAACAUCCGGGAUCAGCCAUUUGUGCAGAGGUUCGUGAUGGUGAAUGCACAGAAUGCGGAAGUCAUUAUCCUGUGACUGACGGCGUAUGCACAUAUUGUCCCGUGGAUCAUUGCUUGCUCUGUGAGAACGAGUCCUGCACACAGUGCCAACAAGGCUAUGUCCUACGAAGCAGUGGGAGGUGUGUUAAGCUAUGCUCAGAAGGAAACGGGCUUCAGAGCUGUGCAAUAGGCCACUGUACAGCUUUUGAGGGAACGUUGUGCACCAAGUGUGCCUAUGAAGAAGACGUCCCCGUAGCAGGCAUAUGCACAUCAGGCCUAACAACCUGUCAGAAAAACUUUUCCCAGAUUUGCAUCAGCUGCGAGGGAGAGCAUCUACUUUAUAGUGGCGGAUGCUACGCAACGACAGGAUCUUAUGGACUCCAGAUCUGUUCCAUAGAAAAUCAAAUCGCUAUAGGGGGUAAGGUAUACUGUAGCAAGUGUAACCAAAAGAAGGAGGCCCCCCUCAACGGAGAGUGCACAGAGGCAGCGGCCGACCAUUGUGAUGUACGCGAUGGAGCGUGCACAGGCUGCAAGACUACAGGUUAUUUCCUAUUUCAAGGAGGCUGCUAUACGCUGGCUAGUAUCCCUGGGAAUAUCAUUUGUGCAGAAGUUUCUGGGACAACAUGUAUUAAGUGCAGAGACGGGUACGGAAUUCACGAAGGUGAAUGCUCUCCAUGUACAAUAGCACAUUGCUUAGAUUGUAAGAGUGAUGUCGCUACCUGCAACGCGUGUGAUCCUAAGUACUUCUUUACCGGGACAGCUUGUGUAGCUUGUGAGGGAGAGCACUGUGCAGCGUGUCGAGAUAACAUGUGCGUAGACUGCACUGACAAAACAGAGUGUAACGCCUGCGCAAUUCCAAACUGUGUCCUUUGUGAUCCUGCCCUGACUGAGUGCCUUGCUUGUCAGGAGGCGUACGAGCCUGAUGAGGACGGAUUCUGUACCCCGUUGCCAGCCAGCGAGUGCCCCCUGUCUUGUCUCUGUGCCGAUCAAGAUGUUCCUGCUCUGUGUACCAGCUGUAAGCCGGGCUUUAUAGCGGCAGGAGUUGUCUCAGGGGAUACUUGCUUAUCGUGUGCGCUAGAGGUGGAGCAUUGUGGCUUAUGCUCAUACAUUCCUGAGUCUGACAGCAUUGUCUGUGAGGAGUGUCUGGAUGGAUAUAGGAUGGAUGAUGGGCUGUGUGAGCCCUGUGGUAAUGGCUGCAAGUCGUGCCCACAUAGGGCCAAUAAGUGUGCAGAGUGCUUUGCUGAAACACCGUACUUUAAUCCUGCCUUAACAGAAUGUCUUUCUGCUUGUCCGCCUAAUUCCGUUGCAGCUACAAAUAAGAAGUGCUCAUGUAUUCACGGGUAUUACUCAACGCUACAGGGAUGUGAGAAAUGUGACGAAUCAUGCGACACGUGUUCUGGAGGAGAGAUUGACAAGUGUGUAACAUGCAGAUCCGGGUUUUUCCUCGCCAGUGGUAGCUGGAAAGGUCAGUGUAUACCUUGUGACUUGAGCAGCUUUUCCGAUGGAUCGGUCAUUGGAGUUGAGCACUGCAUCGAUUGCAGAGGGGUGCAGGAAAACGGUGACCUUAUUGUGGUGUGCAAAGAAUGUGAUUUAGGAUACACGUUAAAGGGGGAAGUUUGCGUCUUAGACGACUCUGGACACGAAGAUUGUCCCUCUAAUUGCAUCUGCACAGAUGUGUCUCCCACGUGUGUUAGCUGUCAGAGGGGAUACUUUACAUUAUCUACGCCCUCAGCAGAGAAUUGCGUGCGGUGUAGCUCUGCCAUCUCUGGUUGUAAAACGUGCACAGUGGAAGGUUCGUCCUUGCGUCGAAGCACGUCAAAGGUCACUUGUACCCUGUGCGACGAUGGGAAAGGCUUGGUAGAGGGAACGUGCCAUAGCUGCCAUGUGACCUGCAAGACGUGCAACGGUGAUCCCGAGCUCUGCAGCACGUGCUAUAAUCCAGCAUACAAGCUGAGCCUUCGGAGUGAUCAAUGUGUUCCCGAAUGUCCCGAGUUUUCAGAGGAGCAAAAUGGACGUUGUGUCUGUCUCCUGGGGUACAGCAUUUCGUUCAAUGGCCUGACAUGCGUUAAGGACAGCUCUGCUUGUCCCUCUAUUUGUACAUGUGCGGUUGGAAAUAUUUGUUCGGGGUGCGCGGAUGGAUACUUCACAUUCGAUCCAUCUAGAACUGACGCGGCACGUUGCGAGCCAUGUAGUGGAGAUUUCUGCUCUUCUUGCGGACGCGUACCCAAUGAUGCUACUUUCUUCGGUCAUACUUUCAGUCCUGGUAGACGGUAUGCAUAUAGACGAUCUCUCGAAUCGGUUAAUAUAUGCAUCGAGUGUGCUGAUAAACAGGGCUGCAGCGCCUGCUCAAUCGAGGGUUGUAACAGGUGCAGCGCGUCUGAGCACACAAAGUGUACCGAGUGCAUGCCAGACUACCAGCUGUCUCAAGAUAAGAAAUCAUGCAUAGCUCUUGUUCCUAUCUGUCCUCUCGGGUGUACAUGUGUUCCUGGAACAAGUACUUGCAAUGGAUGUGCGGACGGAUACUUUGAGGUAGACCCCACCGAUGAAGCGAGUGGACGCUGCAUGCGUUGCAGCAUUCCUACCCGUUAUAUUCCGACGCGCAUUUCCGGAGCGAGGCGCUUAGAAAGGCUACUAUCUAUAAGAAGAAAAAGGACAGAUUCAAUCAGCUUGCAAAUUGUUAGGGACGCCUCCUGGAAUGGAGUAGCUGGCUGUGCUAUGUGCACAACGCCAUCAAGCCCCGGACCUGCUAUUUGUACUCAGUGCGUCCAGGGAAAGCAUCUGCUGGUCUCCGGGGAAUCAACGCAAUGUUUGGACGCAUGCCCGGAUGGGAUGGGAUCUAUCAACAAUGUGUGCUUCAACUGCAAUGAUGAGAACUGUUUGCGUUGCGACGAAAAUCUAGACUCAUGUGUGGAAUGUCGACCAGGCGCGUCUCCUACGUUAACUCCAGACACAGAGCUUGUGGUUUGCGAGACGGUCUGCCCUCUUGGUUGUGUCUGUGAGGAUGCUGAGGACUCUAGUAUCUGCACUGGGUGCCAAAGCGGAUAUUAUGAAGUAUCUGUACUUGCCAGAUUUAUCAUGCGUCUCCGUAAAACCGACGUGCACUGUAAGAAGUGUCUAGCAAACUGCAUGACAUGCACUGAUGAAAGUACGUGCUUGGUAUGCGCUGACGGAUACAUUCUCCACCAGACUGAUGCGUCUUGUGUUGAAAAAUGCGACCAAGGGUACUACAACAAGCAAGGACAGUGUGCUCCGUGCACCGGCGAACACUGCACAAGCUGUACAAACGAAACAACCUGCACCUCAUGCACAGACUCCUCAUUUCUUUCUAACGGCGAGUGUGUAACGUGCAGUACCUCUUGUAAGACCUGCGGAGGGGGUACAGAGAACGACUGCCUGACUUGCCCAACUGGUACCGUUCACUCUACUGGUACAGGUCUUGGCUCGUGCUUGCAAGAAUGCUCAGCGACCGCAGCAGGUAAUUGUGCAGUUUGUAAUGCAAUUAUUGAUGGCACGCGCUAUUGUUCCAAGUGCACGCCUGGAGAAGCACCCAUCAAUGGGCGAUGCGAGCCAGUUUCUGCCGCACGCAAUGUGAUGUGCAUAACAUCCGGCGAUGGCACAUGCGAAUCGUGUUCAGGAGGUCUCUUUCUCUUCAAUGGAGGGUGCUAUGCAACGUCUCGAUACCCUGGAUCAGCUGUGUGCACCUCCUCGUCGGACGGGCUUUGCACAAAUUGCGCAGACGGCUUUACAAAUACCAAUGGCAUAUGCUCCAACUGUGUGCUCGGCUGCAGCUCAUGUAGCAGCACAGCCGCUUCUGCUUGUACUUCUUGUACCGAGGGAUUCUUCCCUGCCUUUAGUGGCUCUCAGGGCGUUUGCAAGCGGUGUGACGAUACAACCAUUACAGAUGGCUACCAGGGCGUUCAGGGUUGUCGCAUUUGUAUAGCCCCUCAACAGGCUGGGAUCGCCCUUUGCCUAGACUCGAGUGAAGCGGGCAAUAAAUCGUCUCUUUCUGCCGGCGCGAUCACGGGGAUAGCAAUUGCCGUUAUCGCCGUAAUUGGCUGCGCUGUGGGUGUACUCGUAUGGUUCUUGUGCUGUCGUAGGAGCAAAGCUGUGUAA